AUGUACCAAACCGGCUGGGUGCGAGCGCAGCAGACCAAAGAUCGCGGUUGGAUCUCGGCAGCUCUCGCCGCUGGGCACCAUAGAGCUUGCGUCCUUUUGAACCAGAUUGGAAAGCCGGCGUUGGACUCGUUCAUUUCAGCGUUCUUGGUUCGCUUUUGCUUUACGCAGGCGCCGCCUGCGUGUCUCGAGUGGGAGUAUCGGCGACCACUGUUGCUUCAGGAGAUCUUGGAAGCCGACGCGGACAUCAUCUGCCUGCAGGAGCUCAACCAUUUUGACGAGCUGGACCAGGUGCUCAGCGGUCUGGGUUACGAGGGGGCCUUCCGAGAGAAACACGCCUCACCCGCACUCAAGUACGAGUACCCUCCGGACGGCAUGGCGGUGUUCUAUCGGAGGAGCAGAUUCCGGUGCUGCCCCAACGGAGUGGAGGGUCGCUCCUUUCAUGACGACUCCACGGGCCGGGAGCAGUCCCAGGGCUUCCUGCAGAUCUUGUUGGACGACAUGGUGGUUGGACGAGAGCUGCUGAUUGUGACAACCCACUUGAAGGCUAAGGACGGGGCGGAGUGCGAGGAACUGCGGCUGCAGCAGGCGAGUCAGCUCCUGCGCAAUGCGGAAGUGACCUUGCAGCGAUUACAAUACCGCCACAACCACCACCUCGACCGCCACCAAGGAGGAUCGGGGGGAGGAGCUGCUGCUACUUGUAGUAAUGGAGCAGGGGGAGGCGGUCAGGGCAGCAGUGCUGGCAAUGGCGUCCAUGGGAAUGGGGCCGGGGGAAGUGGCAAUGGGGCUGCUGCUGCAGCUGCUACAGCUGCUUCGGGCAGCCCCCGCACAGGCAAUGGUGCAGCUAAUGCCGUGGCCGGCAGCUACGGUCACAGCCGCCACCACAACAAUGGGAAUGGUGGUGGAGGUGGUGGUAUUGGCGGCGGCGAGGUGGCUCGCAACGGUGUUGGAGGUGGCAUGGCCGGGAGUGGGAGCAGGCCCUUCAGUAUUCCGGUGGUGAUCACGGGCGACUUCAACACCAUGCCGGGGUCCAAGACGUGCGAGGCCUUCCGGCGACAUCCCCUGGGUCUGCAAUCUCUGUGGGAGCAGCGACCUCUGGAUGCAACCCUCAGCAGCAGUGAUGUGGAUCAGAGCGGUAGCGACUGGGAGAACGUACAGCUACCAACACCGCCGCCGCCCGCACAAGCGCCAACAACAACAACAUCAACAGCAGCAGCAGCGCCAUGCGCGGCCCCCGCGACACCUGCGUUCCCUGUCUCGGCAUUGCAUCCACAACAACAACAGCAACAACAACAGCAGCAGCAGCAGCAGCAUGAGGAGGGGGAUGCGGCGGCGGCAUCCAGCAGCUCUGGAGCAGCUGGAGGAGCAGCUGGAGGCGGAGGAAGCGGCAGCACCGGCGGUGGCGUCAGCACCUCCCCGCAGUCGUCAUUGGUGUCCUUCCCGCCGCCGCCGUCGGAGUUCAGCACUUGGAAGUUCCGGGUUAAGGGCGAGUCGAAGCGCAUCAGCGACUACAUCUGGUUCUCUGCAGGUGGCAAUGGAGCUGGGGGAGGGGGAGGAGGCGGAGCAGGUGGCGGUCUGCUGCGGCCGCUGCAGCGGUGGCGGAUGCUGACGGAGGAGGAGAUCGGGCCGGGCGCGCUGCCGUCAGCGGCGUACGGCAGUGACCACGUGUCCCUUUGCUGUUUAUUUGAGUGGGACGUUGAUGCGGACUUGGAUUGGGUGCCGGCCAACAGGGAGCAGGACUGGGGAUGA